CAGGCAGGAGAGGUUCCGGCUGCAGCCCCAGGGCCGAGCGAGCGGCCCCCGAGCUCCCCUCGGCCAGCAGCGAAGCUCGCUUCUUCCCUUAACAGCAACGAAACAGAUCAGCAUACCUCUGCGCUUAGCUUUGGGGGAGUAUCGCUGCUUCAGUCCAUUUGAAGCGACAUUUCAGAGUUCUUCAGGCGGCUCGCGCUGCUGUUGCACGCUCUAUUCCUGCCAGAGCUGUAAGAGAAAACUCCACGUGGUUGAUCUUCCCUUCAAACGUUUGUAAAAACGUACUCAAGCAGACCUGUGUUUUCUUUCCUCGAUAAGACAAAGCGGUAUUGCCCUCCGCUGUGGGACAAGAGCAACCUCGGCGCUGACGCUCAGUCACACAGCCACUGUGCAGCACAUCAGUGCAUUUCAGUGCAUGCCUGUGAGCGCUCGAAGCCUUGCACCUUCCUCCAUUCCCUCAGUAUCACACACGUCACUCAGCCCAAAGGUUUCACCGUCAUCUUGAAAAUGAUGAAACCUGGCCAGCUAAGUCUUGUCAGCUGGGUUUUGUUUAUAACCAGGAGUGGUAAACAUAUUACCAUUAAGCCCAAGGAAUCUGUUGGUCCUACUUAAGUAUUUUGCAUACUAUCUCAUAAAUAAUUACUUAAAUCCUGCAUGUGCUCUGUGGAUGAUGCCUGAACAAAAGAGACCCACUGAUGGAAAGUUACACUCUGCACUGCUGAGGUCCUUUUUCUCUGUGUUAAACUAUAGCAGACAAUUAAAAAAAAAAAACUGUUUAUGCACAGGAGCUGAAUUUUGCUAAUAUUACAAGAACAGCACAACUAAACGAUAGCAGCCACCCAACAGGUUGACUACAUUAAGAUUAUAUACAAUUUCAGGGUUUCCAUUGGUGCUAAGCACAAGGCAUGCACCGAUAGAACAAACUGCAGAAGAACUUCCAUAAACAAGGCAACGCUGUUCAAAAACAAAUAAAUCUGCAUGCUUCAGAACGGUUUGAAUCAAAAAAUAGAUGCCCCAGAUGAGGAAGUUUUCCACAGAUGCAUGAAUGCUGAUACCACUGUUUGGAACUGCAAGUCGAUGAGAUUUCACCUUUUGGAGCAUGGAUUCAAAUUCCAACAUUGUGGUUGUGACUGGUUUUGGUCCCUUUAGACAAUACCUGGUUAAUUCUAGCUGGGAAGCCGUGAAGGAGCUGUCCAAGAGAGGCCUUGGAAAAAACAUUGAUCUUCGUAUCAUGCAGCUACCAGUGGUUUACCAAAAAGCAAAGGAACAAAUCUUCAGGAUAUGGACAACUCUUCAUCCAAUACUUGCUGUUCACGUUGGGCUGGCUUCAUCCACCAAAGCAAUCAUCAUCCUUGAGCAGUGUGGGAAGAACAAAGGCUAUGAAGAGAUGGAUGCUUGUGGUUUUCACCCAGAAGGUGGCUGCUGCAUGCUAGAUGGUCCGGAAAAGAUUGAAUCUACAAUUAACCUGAAGACUAUCUGGAAAAAUAUUUCAGUGGAAGGAAUUGAUAUCAUCUUUUCCAGAGAUGCGGGAAGGUACAUCUGUGAUUACACCUAUUACACUUCCCUGUAUUACGGCGCUGGAAGAGCAGCUUUCAUCCAUGUGCCUCCAUUAUCAAAGUCGGUAACAGCAGACUCUCUAGGAAAAGCAUUACAGACAAUUAUCUUAGAAAUGUUAAAACAGUGUGGGGAGCAGACAGAGUAAGAUGGAACAGAAGGAAAAAGGAGGUUUCUUAAAAUGGAAUUUCUUAUCUCUUAGAAGUAGCAAAUCUAAUGAUUAUUUAAAGCCCUUAAAAAUUUUAUUCCAAGUUAUUUUCAGGGAAAUCUCCUUACAAAAGCCAAACAACUGUUUCCCUCUCUGCUAUAAAAAUCUUGAGGGGAAGAAAAAAAAAAAAAACACAAAAA